AUGGACGAGCACGGUGUUAAUCUUCUUGACCUUCCUACUGAAAUAUUAUUUAUCAUUUUGAAAAAACUUGACAAUCUUGAAGUUCUUUACUCUUUACUGGGUGUAAAUAGCCAACGACUUGAUAUUGUGGUACGAGACCAAAUCUUCACGAUUGAGUUCGGUUCUAUGGAAUAUAUUAUUCGUACUGCUCAUUAUCCUAAUCUUCAACAUCUUGAAAUUUUCAAUUUCAAAGAAGCAAUUCUGUCACGUCAUUUUGUAGACCAUGCUCUGUUCCAGCAUAGUUUCACACAACAAAUAACAUGUCUCAUUCUUAACGUGAAUGAAGAUGUCGAAACAAUAGAUCGAGUGUAUACCAAAGAUGUUUAUGCAAUUGUCCUAAGUGUCUUUAAAAACUUAAAAUCAUUAACGAUUGUCGCACAGUCAUCUGUUGAAAAUUGCCCAUGUUUGUCGUUGUAUGAUUUACCGCUACAUACAUUUUCUUCUUCAACACUUACUAAAUUAUCGGUCAAUGUACAUGAUUUAUAUGAUGUCUGUGCUCUACUAGAUGGUCGGCUCAAACAAUUAACUACGCUCACCGUUCAAAUUGAAGCUAUCGACGAUUCGAUGAGAAUACCUUACAAUAGCAAUGAUCUUCCCAAUUUCAAAUGUUUUUCAUUAACGUGUUAUAAGUGUUUCAAAGGAUUUAAUAAUCCAAUUGUACCUCUACUUCAAUGUAUGAAAUAUCUGGAAGAUUUAUCUUUGUAUCUUCAUAUUUAUGGUGGAUCGACAUUCAUCAGUGGCACUUGUCUUGAUAAUGAGAUACUUGUUUAUCUGCCACAACUUCAUAGUUUUACAUUUUAUAUAGCUUCUAACAAUGCCAUUACUAAUUCAGCUACUCGUGUACUUCAUUCGGAUAUUGAACAGACUUUCAAAAACCUGAGACACUGGCAAGUGGCUUUUAUGGUAGAUUAUUUCGAACCUUACAAAAUGAUAUGUCGCGUGUUUUCACUUCCGUUUAAAUUUCAUCUUCUCGAACAUAUCGGAAAUAAUAUUCCAAACAUUAUAUUUAAUUCUGUUACUCAUUUAAAAUUGUGGGACAAAGAUCCAUUCAGAUAUGAAUUUUUCUGUCGACUUACUCGAGCUUUUCCAUUUCUCAAAAAUUUAUCUAUUUGUAAUAUUAAACCAUCAUUUUUGGGCCAACGUUACCAUCUUCGGGAUAAAGACUGGUGCUCAAUCGUGGAGUAUCCGCAUCUAAUCUCACUUGAUAUCGAACGUGCAAAUAUUUCUUAUGUCGAACAAUUUCUCAAUGAAACAAAGACACAUUUACCGAACUUGAUUGAAUUAAAAGCUACUUAUAUGAGUUUGGAAGAUGUGACAAAGAACUUUACACAAGAUCAAACGCGACGUAAUUGUGCUGGAGUGAAACGAUUAUUUGUUGAUAUGCCAAUGGUAUAUAAAGACUGUGUGUAUCGUUAUUUUCCAUCUUUGCGAGUUUAA